AUGUGUCUCGUGGUGUCCUUCUGGCUGUCAACAAGAUCUAAACCUGAUGUGAACAUUAUCGUAAAUGCAACUGGAAAAGGCAUUCUUAUUUCCCCGGAACUUGCCAUCUUACCGGACAAACUGUGCUUUAUCUGGGCUUCAACGCGUGAUAAAAAGUUACGAAAGUUUGCCCUUCCCGACAAACAUCGUUACGGACUGGAGUUUCACAUUUCUCGCAAAUGUUCUCACGUUGUGCUACUUAUUUUCCUUGCUGGCGACAUAGCAACCAACCCAGGUCCUACAACUGGUUCACGUGAAACAGACAAUUCAAAAACUAGUCUCGGGUUAAAAGUUCUGUAUUUAAAUGCCAGAAGCCUAAAAGCAUUUGUUCAUCCAAUUGGGGACAAAUCGGUAAAAGUUUGUAAAAUCUCGUUAUUGCAACAACUGGCAUAUGGUGGUAAUUACGACGUUGUAUGUGUAUGUGAGACCUGGUUAAACAAUUUAAUCUUAAGCAGUGAGAUCUUGCCUAAUUAUGGAUCUAUCUUCCGAUGUGACAGAGCUGACAGAAUUGGUGGUGGUGUUCUUGUUGCUGUGAAGACUGGUAUACAAGUCACACGCAGACAUGAUCUAGAACCUGAUAAUACGGAACUUGUUGUUACUGAGUUAAUGAAAUCUAACAACAAACCAAUUAUACUUUACACGUUUUAUCGUCCCCCCGACUCUAAACCCGAUGUCCUUCAGCAGCUAAAUUAUUCUAUCCAAAACAAUCCAGAAUCAAGUCGUAUUGUAUUGAUAGGCGAUUUUAAUCUACCAUCAGUUAAAUGGUCGUCUGAUCAGAAAACCCCCAUCAACAUCGGAGGACCUGCUGAGAAUGAAAUCUUUAGCGAUUUGGUAGACGACAACUUCCUUCUGCAAUACAUACUUGGCCCUACCCAUACUGCUGGUAAUAAACUCGAUCUGUUGAUGUGUAUCUCUCCUGAAAUCGUCGGCGACGUCUCCGUUCUCCAUCCCGAGACCUGUGGUUUCCCAACAGAUCACUACAUCGUGGAAUUUGACGUGAAGUUGAAGUUUAAAAGAGCCAAGCCAAUAAAGCGCCGAGUAUUCGACUAUGGAAAAGGAAAUUUCGAUGAGCUACGUAACUUCCUGACACGAUAUCCCAUCAAUGUUACCCCAACUGAUAGCAUUAAUGAUGACUGGGAACAAUGGAAGGACACUUUCUUAACUACGGUGAGAAGGUACAUUCCGAUGAGAACUGUCAAAGACAAAAAUAGUCCACCAUGGAUCGAUAAAGAAGUGCGUCAACUAAUCCGUAAGAAGUACAAAGUUCUGAAACAAUACCGCAGGAACAAAUCUGCUGAUCGAAAGCGUAAAUUACGAAGCGUUACUCAACAAAUCAAAUACUUGAUUCGAAGUAAACACCGAGGCUAUCUUGCUAAAAUAGGAAGUUCGUUCUGUGACAACCCCAAACUAUUCUGGAGUUCCAUAAAUCAAUUAUUCACCACCGGACAGGUCAGAGCAACGAAAUAACAUAUAAUGGUUUUACAGCCAAGACGGCGAAAGAAAAAGCGGAUCUUUUUAACACUUACUUUUCUUCAGUGUUUCAUCCAUCUUCUACCACUUGUAACCAGACGCCUCGAACGGAAAGCAAAGAGAACAUGUUGGAGAUAACAAUCGAUGUAGACGAAGUUGCGCAAUUUUUGCGUGCCCUUGAUACCUCGAAAGCAUGUGGCCCCGACGGCAUUCCAGCUCGCCUGUUACAAGUAUGCGCCCUUGAAAUCGCACCAAGCAUAUGUGAGUUGUUUAACCGUUCCUUGCAUACUGGUCAUGUUCCAUCUGAGUGGAAAUCUGCGAAUGUUACACCCGUCCACAAAAAAGAUCUUAAAGAACCGGCGGAACAUUACAGACCAAUAUCGUUGCUGCCCAUCGUUGGAAAAGUACUAGAGCGUUGCGUGUGCAUCAGACUAUAUAAUCAUGUCAGGCACCUCGUCACAAAAGCACAACAUGGCUUCCUUAGACGGCGAUCUUGCGUUAGUCAACUACUAUCGGUACUACACGCCAUCAGGCAAUCCCUUGAUAAAAACGUUCAAACUGACGUUAUCUACCUCGACUUUGCGAAAGCUUUUGACUCUGUCGAUCACCAAAUUCUCCUCCACAAGCUUGCGUCAUACGGUGUGUCAGGUCAUUUAUAUGAAUGGUUCGCGGACUAUCUCAGUGGUCGUCGUCAAAGGGUUGUGAUUGAUGGAGCUACAUCUAAUUGGGUGCCAGUUACAUCUGGAGUGCCGCAAGGCAGUCUCCUGGGUCCUAUUCUGUUUGUGAUAUUCAUAAACGAUCUUCUCGACAUAUUACCUGACGAGACUUUGGCAGCUUUGUUUGCAGACGACACCAAACUGUACAAGUCCAUCACAUCAGUAGGUGACUGUGAAAGUUUGCAACAAGCUUUAACAGACCUUGACUGCUGGAGCCGUGACAACAACCUCAAUUUUAACCAGUCGAAGUGUAAGGUGUUGACAAUUACAAGGAAAAAAAACCGCUGA